AAUACGAAGAAUUACAUACACAAAUUUAGUUUAACUACGAAAUAUUGAUUUUACUAACAUUUACAUUAUUUGUAAAAUUAAUUGAAUAUACGCAUUAUAACAUAAUGCAUUUGUUGAGAAUUCUUUACAGUGAAAUAAGAAUUUUGUUUCAUUUAAUUUUUUCAAGUAUAUAUAUUUUUAUUACCAAUUACUUGGAAACAAGUAAAGUAUGAGUCACUUAAUAUAAUCUAUGACAAACUGUGGAUAACAAGAAAGGCGGAAAAAUUAUCAAUAUCUUAAGCGUCAUGAUUCAAAGUAAAAUUAUAUAUAAAGAUGUAAUGCACAUAUGUGCAAUAUCUAUAUGAUAUAGAUAUUUUUUUCAUACGAGAAACAUCGUUUUAAAAUACAUUUAAAAUUUGAAUUACUUUUUAAAAAUUCUCGUUCAUUGUUAAAAUAUAUAUAAUUCUUUAUGAAUUAUUUAAAAGUAUUAAAUUUUCUUGAAAUGACUGUGGAGGUGUAGGAAAAAAAACAUUAGUUUAUAAUCUCCUACCCUACCCUACUCUAUUUUGCCCACGCUCGGUACUUCCCACUUGCAGACGUCAUCAAGUAUACUAUAUCGAUAUUGUAUGUAUAUAUUGAACCGUGUAGAAUGUCUCGUUGAGAUUUAAACAGUUUUAUUGCAUUGCUGCAUAAAUAUUUGUUCUGAAUAUGUUACGGACAGGUACUAUGUAUUGUGUUGUGCUAUUUGUUUGUUUGUUUAUUGGGAUCAUAAAUGGUUAUGCGAUAAAUUCCGAGGAAAAGUUAGAUGAGCAUUUUAUUACUCCACACUACACACAUUAUGAGGAGCUUAAACAAUUGUUCAGUUCCUUGUCCGAGAAGUAUCCUAAUUUGGCAAGAUUAUUUUCCAUAGGGAAGUCUGUAGAAGGUAGAGAUCUGUUGGUUCUUGAAAUUUCUGAAAAUGUUAGGGAACGUAAGCUGGGUGAACCAAUGGUUAAAUAUGUUGCUAAUAUGCAUGGCGAUGAAGCUGUUGGAAGAGAAUUGUUAGUUUAUCUUGCUCAAUAUCUCUUGCACAAUUAUGGCAAAGAUGAAAGGAUCACAAAAUUAGUGAAUAAUACUGAUAUCUUUCUUAUGCCAUCUAUGAAUCCUGAUGGAUUCGAAGAGUCUGAGGAAGGGAAAUGCGAAUCAAAGAAAGAUUUCUCAGGACGCGAGAAUGCAAACCAUGUUGAUUUGAAUAGAGACUUUCCAGAUCAGUUUGAUAGGAGAACCAGUCAAUUAUUGAAAAAUGGUGGUAUAUUAGACAAACGUCAGAAUGAAACAAUAGCAGUGAUGACUUGGAUUGCUACAGAAGCAUUUGUAUUAUCUGGAAAUUUUCAUGGUGGUGCUGUUGUAGCUAGUUAUCCAUAUGAUUCUGGAAUUUCAAGAGUUUGCUGUAUUGAAAGUAAAAGUCCAGAUGAUGAAUUAUUCAAAUAUUUAGCUCAUGUGUAUGCAGAUAAUCAUCCACAAAUGCAUGCAGGCAAUGCUUGUCCUCCAGAAAUAUUUCAAGGUGGUGUCACCAAUGGAGCCUAUUGGUAUAAAGUUAUUGGUGGGAUGCAAGAUUUCAAUUAUGCUCGUUCCAAUGCAUUUGAGAUAACAUUUGAACUUAGCUGCUGUAAAUAUCCAAAUGCUUCAACAAUGCCAGAGCAUUGGAUGUUAAAUAAAGAGUCUCUUAUAAAGUAUCUUGAGCAAGCACAUAUUGGAGUAAAAGGUAUUGUACGUGAUACUGAUGGUCAACCAAUAGAAGCAGCUAACAUUAUUGUGAAAGGAAUAGAUCACAAUAUUUCAACCACAAAUCGGGGAGAAUAUUGGCGUUUGUUAUUGCCUGGUACUUACGUGAUUCAUGCAGAAGUAUGGGGAUAUCAACCAAGUGAGCCUGUUAGUGUUACCGUGGGAUCAGAUGAACCAUCCAUUGUUAAUUUUACUUUAAAAGAGGAUUCCUUUGAAGAUCAAGGAAAAUUAGACUCGCCUAAAGUUGAGGAAAUAGUGAGAUCUAUAGAUGAAUAUGGAUUUUAUCAUGAUACUGUAUUCAAACAUCAUAAUUACGCAGAAUUGGAGAAAUAUUUAAAAGAGUUAAAUGGAAAUUAUCCUAAUAUUACAAGACUUUAUAGUAUAGGAAAGUCUGUCGAAGGACGUCAAUUAUAUGUGAUGGAAAUAACGGAAAAUCCUGGGAAACACGAUCCAAAUAAACCAGAAGUAAAGUAUAUAGGAAAUAUGCAUGGAAAUGAAGUGGUUGGCAGAGAAAUUUUAUUAUUGUUAUUAAGACAUCUCUGUGAGAAUUAUGGAACUGAUGAAAGAGUUACAAAAAUAUUAAAAAAUGUCAGAUUGCAUGUAAUGCCAAGCAUGAAUCCUGAUGGCUAUGAAAUUUCUAAAGAAGGCGACGUAUAUGGAGAACAUGGAAGAGAAAAUGCUAAGGGUGUUGAUCUUAAUAGAAAUUUUCCUGAUCAAUAUGAGAUAAAUAAAUACAAUAGUGAGCAAGAGCCUGAAACGAAAGCAGUAAUGGAUUGGAUCACAAAAAUUCCAUUUGUUCUUUCUGCUAAUUUUCAUGGGGGAUCAUUAGUAGCAAAUUACCCAUAUGAUAAUGGACCUUAUACUCCAAAUCUGAGUCCUGACGAUGAUGUUUUUAAAGCAUUAGCAUUGGCAUACUCAAAUGCUCACCCUCGUAUGCACCUUGGUGAACCUUGCCCACCACUUGACCAAUUAGGUAUGUCAAGUGUACUCGAAGAGCGAUUUCCAAAUGGAAUAACUAAUGGGGCUAGUUGGUACUCUGUAAGUGGAGGAAUGCAAGAUUACAAUUAUCUUCAUAGCAAUGAUUUUGAAAUUACGAUAGAAGUUGGAUGCACAAAGUUUCCGAAUGCGACUGACUUACCAACAUAUUGGUUACAAAAUAGAGAACCUCUGUUACGUUUUAUCGAAAUGUCUCGUAAAGGUGCACAUGGUAUAGUACGUUCGUCUAUCGGUACUCCGAUACCACAUGCUAAAAUAUCUGUCGAUGGAAUUAAACAUGAUAUCUACACAGCUGAAGGCGGUGACUAUUGGCGUCUUCUAAUCCCAGGAAGAUACAAUAUUACAGCUAGCGCAGUGGGAUAUGAGUCUGUGACACAGAACAUACUUAUACCUGAAGGAGAUAACAUGGGUGAAGGAGAAAUAACACAGGAUUUCAUAUUAAUGCGAGAUGAUCCUGAACAUUGGUCAUCGUCAUACGAUUUUCGAUUAAUUGUAAAUUUACAAGAUGUUUAUUUAAAAAACGUAGAGUUGAAUGCAAGAUUUGGCGCAUUAGAAAAUCACCAACUAAACAUUGCUGAAUUCGAAGCUGGAGAUUCGCCAGUUAAUAUGGCUAUACAUUCUUUAAAAAUUACGCACGAUAUGGGAGCACCGGAAGAAAAUAAAUUUCAUAUUGGCUUAAUUGGAGGACUAUUUGCUUCUCAACCUGUGGGUAGAGAAGUUCUGCUGCGCUUAGCUACUCAUAUUCUUAUGGGAAAUAAAAUUGGAGAUCCUCCUAUACAGAGGAUAUUGAAUAAUUCUGUUUUACAUUUUAUUCCUGGUAUAGAUCCAGGUUUUGAUAAUAUAUUAAAUAGUCGAGAAUGUAAUCCCAUAGUGAAGGAUGAAGUUGGUAAAAGACUUUUACAAAAGGGCACUUUGAAUUCUGAUAAGCUCGAUACGAUUACCAGUGCAUUUAAGGAAAUGAUGGCUAAUGGAGAAUACGAUGCAGUAAUUAUAAUAGGAAGUGGGGCACUUAAAGUCAGUUAUACCGACGAUAGUUUCAAUGUAUAUCAUACACUUGCUCAAAAUUAUGAGCAUUCAAUGGAUAAAGGAAUAUGUAACAACCUCAAUAAUGAAGUUAAAGAUGUGCAAGAUUAUAUUCAAAAUGAAUAUAACAUUCCUGUAAUGACUGUUAACUUGGCUUGCUGCAAGUAUCCAUUUGCCGAAUAUAUUCCAAACAUUUGGCGUGAAAAUUUGUUGCCUCUAAAGCAGCUUAUUCAAAGUUUAACAACCGGUAUUCGGGCAGUAGUGACAGAUGUUAAUAAUAUUCCUCUGAGGAAUGCUACAAUUAAAAUUGGAACAAAACAAUACAGUGUAUCAAAAAAUAUGGCUUACUUUAAGAUUAUUCUACUUCCCGGUGAAUACAUGCUAAUAUUCUCCUGCGAAGGCUACAUGGAGCAGUUUGUAAAAGUUCACGUGGAGAAUGAAAAUAUAACAGAUCUUAAUGUGAAGUUAAUAAAACGUAAUACGGAUGAAGAAAAACAUGGAAAAAAUAAUGAAUAUUCGGAAUCGAAUGUAAUUAAUCAAGCUUUAAAUGAUUUAAAUGAUAAAUAUUCGCACUCAUCUGUUUUGCACAUUAUUGGAAGAUCACAGAAAGGUGUCCGAAUAAUGUGUCUAGAAAUUGGAACUGAAAACAAUUACAAACGAAUAGGUCGUCCAUCGAUUGCGUUUGUUGCUGGUAUUUCGAAUGGCGUGUCUCUGACAUCCGAGGUCUUAUUACAUUUUGCUACGUAUCUUUUGGAUCACUAUGGAAAGGAUACCACAGUUACAAAUUAUUUAGAUAAAUAUACAAUAUAUAUUGUCCCGGAUUUAACUCAAAACUCGAACAAGAAUCAAUCAUGUUCUUCCUUCAUUGCUGAUGACCUAUUGUUUCCUAUUAAUGGCGCACUAUCUAACGAAGCAGAUACAAUAAUUUAUUGGUUCAGAAAAGUUAGUCCAAUGUUGGCAGUAAAUUUAAAUAUUGGUGGUCAGCAUAUUGAAAUUCCUUUCGCUGGAAAAUACGGUGAAAUGCCAGGAAACGUGUACAAAACUGACGAUGAUGCAGUGUUGCAAGAGCUAGCGAUGACAUACACAAAACACAAUGCCCAUAUGACCUCUAACAAUUCAUUGUGUGAUCGUGAUUUAAAUAAAAAUGCUAAUGGUGUUAUUCACGGUGGAGAAGGAAUUAAUGGAAAGAGAGAGCAUUCUCUGUUGGAUUAUCUUUAUUUAAAUACAAGUACUUUGAUGGUGGAUGCAUACAUUACCUGUUGUGAUACAGAUGGUUCGAAAAAUGUGUGGGAAGAUAAUAAAAAUAGCUUAUUAGCUAUGAUAGACAAGCUUAACAAUGGAGUAAAAGGAUAUGUUCUUACUAAAAAUGACGAACCAAUAGAAAAUGCUAUUUUAUCGUGUAAUAAUUCGUUACAUCACAUUAAAAGUGGAAUGAACGGAGUUUAUUGGCUUCUACUUCAACCUGGUACUCAUGCUAUAAGUGCCAAGGCAGCUGGAUAUAUUCAGCAAACUAAAGUUUUCGUUACAACAGAUGUACAUAAUGUUUCAAAGUUAAUAUUUAAAUUAACAUAUAACGACAAGUUCCUAGGAAUGCCUAGAAUUGUUUUCAUUAUACUUAUAAGUACUAUAUGCUUUGGAAUUAUUGCUUGUACCGUGUUCAUCGUUGCAAAUUGUAAGUCUUCCAAACAGUCUGAACAAAAUAAUAGAAGUAAAUACGCGUUCAGUCUACUUAAAGAUGGAACAAGUUUCUUUGAUGACGAUGAGAAAGAAGUUGAAAUAUUUAAAAGGCCAAUAAACGGGCUUAUGCAAGAUAAUGAAAUUACAAAACCAUAUUUUGACGACGACAACUUGUCCAGUUCAGAUGAUGCCAGUGAUUUAGAGUUUAUUAGGCCGAGUUAAGUGAUAACACUGUAGCGAUACAAAUUAUAAUGCAGGUUUUUGUAAAAAAAUCGACUUUUCUAAUAACUAUAUCUAUCCGGUGAUAACAAUUUUUAAACUAAAAUUAUUUGUUAUAAACGUAGAUUUAGGUAAAGGCAUAAGAUGUAAAGGAAAUGUACAGAAAAUGUACUUAACAUGUUGUGAAAAUUAUGCAG